AUUAUUUGACUUUCAAUAAAAAUGGCAGCGCCCUGUCCAGUGACGUGUAAUGUUAUCCUUUUUAUCGUUUUGAUAUUAGAACAGUAAUAAAUGUCAUGGAAUACUUUAAAAGUAGCCUCAAAUCAGUACUUGGUACUCCUCUACCAGAAAAUGUGCCUUCUGGAGCAGAUACGGUGGAAAGAAUGGUUGACAGACUUCAAUCGUCAACUUUACUCGAUGACAGAAGAGACGCAUGUCGUGGCCUUAAAGCACUUUCGCGAAGUUAUCGACUUGAAGUCGGUGCACAAGGCAUGGAUUCAUUGAGACAAGUUUUAGAAAUGGAUAAAACUGAUUGUGAAAUUACUGGUCUUGCUUUAGAAACACUUUGUAAUAUAACUCAUCCGGAGACAUUCGAUGAAGAAGUUGAAAAAUAUGGACCUAGAAAUAAAAUUGGAGAGCAAUUCACGGAGAUAUUCACUAAACAACAAGACAGUAUUGGUUUGAUAUUAAGUUUUCUCGAGGAAUUUGAUUUUAAAGUGAGAUAUCCAGCUUUGAAAUUAUUGUCUCAUUUACUUAUAAAUAAACCAAAAAAUAUUCAGGAAAUAAUAUUGGUUAGUCCAAUGGGAGUUUCGAAAUUAAUGGACCUACUCGCUGACAGUAGAGAAGUUAUUAGAAAUGACGUAUUAUUAAUAUUAAUACAAUUAACAAAAGGAAAUGCAAAUAUUCAAAAAAUUGUUGCUUUCGAAAAUGCAUUUGAUCGAAUUUUUGACGUUAUUUAUCAAGAGGGAGGAGCGGAAGGUGGUAUUGUCGUUGAGGAUUGUUUACUUUUAAUGUUAAAUCUUUUACGUGGAAAUACGAGUAAUCAAAAUUUUUUUAAAGAAGGAAGUUAUAUUCAAAGACUAAAGCCCUUAUUUGAAAUACCACCGGAAGUUGAUGACAGUCCUUUGGCCAGUUGGAGUCCGCAAAAAGUUUCAAAUCUUCAUUGUAUGGUUCAAGUAAUCCGUGCCUUAGUGGCACCGAAUGGUCCAGCUCAGUUGGUGGCUGCUUGCCAACGAAAUAUGGAAGCUUGUAAAUUAUUGCAAGCACUUUGUGACAUUCUGAUGUCGAGCGGAGUGCCAGCGGAUGUUUUGACCGAAUCAUUAUGUGCAGUGGCCGAAGUCAUUAGGGGAAAUCAAACCAAUCAAGAAUUUCUGGCAAAUGUCAUGGCGCCUAGUUCUCCUCCCAAACCGGCCAUAGUUGUACUUUUAAUGUCGAUGGUGAAUGAGAAGCAACCAUUUUUAUUACGAUGUGCCGUUCUCUAUUGUUUCGAAUGUUUUCUCUACAAAAAUGGAUCGGGACAAGCUCAACUCGUGCAGACUUUUUUACCCCAAGGGAACGAAACUCCAUCUUUAACAACAGGACAAUUAAUAUGCGGUGGUCUUUUUUCAUCUGAUCCACUGUCAAAUUGGUUCUCGGCAGUUUUAUUAUCGCACGCUUUAAUUGACAACGCCACGCAGAAGGAGCAAUUGUUGAAAGUACUUUUAGCGACGAAUAUUGGCAAACCACCGGUGAAAUUAAUGCAACAGUGCGUUAUGCUCCUUCAACAGAGCAAUAAAAUACAAUCAAAAUUGGGACUUUUGAUACUUUUAUGCACAUGGACCGCCUACAGUUCUCCGGCUGUAAAAACAUUCCUGACAAUUGAAAAUUCAAUUGCCUAUCUCACUGCACUUUUAUCAUCUCAAGAGAACAAUGAAGAUUUACAAGAGUGUCUCCUUCAGAAUAUGUGCGCAUUUCUCAUUGGAAUUUGCGUUCAUUUCAAUGAUGACAGUAUUCCCACUUACACAAAGGAAAAACUUUGCAGUCUAGUGGAAAAUCGAAUAGGUUUGGAAAAAUUUCAAAAUGCAAUUGGAGGAAUUUCCAGACACGAAGUGUAUUCGAGAAGUUUGAAACAUCCUCAAUCAUCGGCGAAAAAUUCUUCUGAACUCUAUUUAGAUCAUGAAUUUUGUAGACUACUUAAAAACUUAGAAGCUAACGUCUUAAAAUCCGUUCUCGAUGGAAGCAGUUCUCAAGGUUCAUUGGAUCAAAUCACGACAAUGUUACCAUCAGAUUCGGCACUAGUCUCGCAAUAUAAGGACUUAAUCAGAGAACAGGACAGUCAAAUUCAAAAUCUUAAUAAAACUAACGAAACUUUAUUGAGGGAGAAAAAAGAACUGGAGACCAAAGUCCAAGAACUUGAAACGUCAAUGAGUCAUUUAAAAGACCAAAAUCUAGUUCUACGAGCAGCACAAACUAAUUUUUCGAAUGGAAAAGAUCCGAAUGUUUCGUUAAAUCAAAUCGAAACGGAGAACGAAGAAUUGGAAAAAUAUAAAGCACAAGUAAAAGAAUUAGAAAGUCGAUUAAGCACAUUGAAAAUGAGUCAAGAGGAGAGUAAAAUUGUUGAUCCCAAUCAAGCGACGAAACUUGAGGAAAUUCUCAGGCAACGAACAUUGGAACUUGAAAAAUUGAGAAAAGAUCAAGAAGAUUUACUCGAACUUCUCUCGGAUCAAGAUAAUAAAAUUACAAUGUAUAAAGAAAGACUAUUAUCAUUAGGUGAAAAGGUUGAAUCUGAUGAAAGUUCCGGCGAUUUAGAUACCGAUGAUCAACCAGAAUCGAGUAAUUAAUUUAAAUACUAAUUUCUUCAAUUAUUCUUCGUAUUUGAAUGAAUUUUUGAUUUAUUAGAAUUUUCUUGUGAUUUAAAUUAUCAAUAUUAUCAAUUAACUAAUUUUCACUGUCAACCAAAAAAUACGUUUCAUUGUACAAUUGUAAAACAAUUCCUUGCUUUUUUUUAAUUCUCUAUACUGAAAGUUGUUAAUUUUUUUUUCUUUUUAAAAAUAGUUGUAUAUUAUAUUUAUAAAAUAAAAUUUAUAUAAAUUAGAAAACAA